AUGCCUAGAAAAAAUAAAACCGACAAAAAAAUUGGCAAAUUUUCAGAAACUGCAAUGAAACAAGCUGUUCAACUAGUGUUAGAAGGCAGUAGUAUACGCCAAGCUGCUGACAGGCACGGGUUGCAUUUCCAAACAGUGCAUAGAUACGUGAAGAAGUUUCAGCAGAACCCUGAUAGUCGACUAUGUCCAAAUUAUAAAGUUCGCCAAAUUUUUACUGAUGAACAAGAGAAGAUAUUAUGUGAUUAUAUUGUAUCAUGUUCUAAAAUGUUUUAUGGCUUAUCGCGCGACGACACACGCCGUUUGGCAUAUGAAAUGGCAUUGAAAAAUCAACUUCCGGUUCCAGAAACCUGGCGAUUCAACGAAAGUGCAACUUUAUCUUGGAUAAAGGGCUUCCAGAAACGUCACCCGAAUCUUUCACUAAGGACUCCUGAAGGCUGCAGUUUAUCUAGAGCGACAGGGUUUAACAAAUAUAAUGUCGAACAAUUUUUUUCCAAGCUCGAAGAAGUCCUCAAACGCAAUCCCAGAUUUGGCGACGGCAGUCGAAUUUUUAAUUUAGACGAAACGGGUUCCAUGACUGUCCAAAAACAGCAUAAAGUAUUUGCAGAGAAAGGAUCUCGGCAAGUUAGCAAGGCGACUAGUGCCGAACGCGGUACUCUGGUAACAACAUGUUGUAUCGUGGGUGCCUCCGGAAUCAGCAUUCCUCCCGUAAUGAUAUUUCCUAGGGUCCAUUUCAAGGACUUCAUGAUCAAUGGCGCACCCCCAGGGUGUUUGGGUUUGGCAUCAAAGACGGGCUGGAUGACCACAGAAUGUUUUAUACAAGUUGUUAAACACUUCAUCAAGCAUACUAGUAGUUCUGUCGACAACCCUUCUUUGCUAAUAAUGGACAAUCACCAAAGUCACUUAUCAAUCCAAUCAAUAGAUUUGUGUAAAAACAGCGGAGUUACCAUUUUGACUAUACCACCACAUUGCACAAACAAAUUGCAGCCGUUAGACGUGGGAUUGUUAAAACCAUUUCAGACCUUCUACAGUGCUGCUUUAGACUCCUGGAUGAUGGCUCAUCCGGGGCAAACAUUUACUAUAUAUAACGUAGCUGCAUCCUAG